CGAGGCGAUGAUCGACAACAACAACAACAACAGCAUUAAUGUGCGAUAAUCGUGGCAAUACGAUAAUAGUAGAGGCGGAAUCGAGGGAAAAUCGAUCGAUCGCAGAAAAGAGAUGGGAGCAUACAGAGCGGAUGAGGAUUACGAUUACCUGUUCAAGGUGGUUCUGAUCGGCGAUUCCGGCGUCGGUAAAUCCAACCUUCUAUCGCGGUUCACCAAAAAUGAAUUCAGCCAGGAAUCUAAAUCCACGAUCGGCGUCGAGUUCGCAACGCGGUCGAUUCAAGUCGACGAUAAGAUUGUUAAGGCUCAGAUUUGGGACACCGCCGGCCAGGAAAGGUACCGUGCAAUUACGAGCGCCUACUACAGAGGCGCGGUGGGAGCGCUAAUAGUGUACGACGUAACACGAAACGUGACAUUCGAAAACGUGGAGAGAUGGUUGAAGGAGCUGCGGGGGCACACGGACCGCAACAUCGUGAUAAUGCUGGUGGGGAACAAGGCGGAUCUAAGGCACCUAAGAGCUGUUCCGACGGAGAAAGCCAAAGGAUUCGCAGAGAAGGAGAACACGUUCUUCAUGGAAACUUCCGCUCUCGAAGCUCUCAACGUGGAGGACGCCUUCACGGAAGUUCUUACGCAGAUAUACCACGUGGUCAGCCGGAAGGCCCUCGAUAUCGGCGACGAUCCGUCGGCGCUUCCCAAGGGACAGACCAUCAACAUCGGCGGCAAAGACGACGUUUCCGCCGUGAAAAGCUCCGGCUGCUGUUCCGGGUAA